AUGUGUGAUGCUAUAACAAUAAAGGAAUCUUCAGUUGCUCGAAGAAAAAACGUCAAACACCAGUAUCUUUCAAUUGAAAGUGUUGAUUUGAAGGAUAAACGUGUUUUAAUUCGCGUUGAUUUUCAUGUACCAUUUCAAGAUGGAAAAUAA